AUGACUGUCUACGACGAGCAGGAGUACAUAUUUAGCCUUCUGUCGAAGUUGUACGCGGAGAUUCCAUUGUCAGAGAGCGAAAUCUCCCGUAUUCUUGCCCGAGUCGGCGAUGUCUUUAGGCACGAGAGUACGCUGGUCGAAGUGGGCGUGCCAGUGACCAUUUGCGGCGAUAUUCAUGGCCAAUUCAACGAUCUGAUUCGUCUGCUACACAAAGGAGGGUGGCCCGAAAACAAUCGAUAUCUCUUCCUUGGAGAUUACGUUGACCGUGGAACGAAAAGCAUCGAAGUCAUAUGUCUGAUGUUUACCUACAAGAUUCUUUUCCCGGACACGUUUUUCCUUCUUAGAGGAAAUCAUGAAUGUCAGAACAUAAACCGCGUUUACGGCUUUUACGACGAGUGCUGUAGACGUUACAGUACGCGACUGUACUUGGAUUUUCAGGUGAACGAUGUCGAGGGUGUUGCUUUUAAUCUGCUCCCCCUCGCGGCGUUGGUCGCCAGAAGGAUGCUUUGCAUGCACGGAGGUAUCUCACCCGAACUGGCUAAUUUGGACCAGAUACGAAGCAUCCGUCGCCCGUUAACGAUUCCGGAUUCGGGGCUCAUCUGCGAUCUGCUGUGGUCGGACCCCAACCGGCACUCGAAAGGUUGGCAGCCGAGCUCACGGGGAGCAAGCUUCACUUUUGGUGAGGAUGUAGUGGUCGAGUUUUGUCGGCGCAUGAACAUCGACAUGAUCAUCCGAGCGCAUCAAGUAGUAAGCAAUGGCUUCGAAUUUUUUGCCGGCAACCGACUGCUGACGCUAUUCAGUGCCCCAAAUUACUGUGGAGAAUUCAAUAAUACCGCUGGCAUGAUGCACGUCAGUGACAACAUGACGUGCUCAAUUAUAGUAAGUUCAAUUUUGAUAAAUUAA